AUGCGUCGUCGGCAUCGCCGCUGCAGCGAGCUCGGCCUGUCUGGACGCUGCGGGCCCGCUGACGCACUGCUCAGCUUCGAGCAUGACACGGCCCUGUCGCCUCGCGCACUGCACGUCAGCACCUCGACGUCGUCUUUCCUGCCGGACUCGGCGCCACUUAGCGGUGCGGUAGCUGCGCCGUUCAUCGUCACCGUGCGCUAUGUCCGGCGCUGCGAAGCGUUUCGCGCGCUCGGCCACAUCCUCGGCGUCACGCGCGACAUUCUCGAGCCAGCUCCAUCAGAUCAACAAGCACGGCAUGCAGCGCUCUACGAUGCCUCUGGUCGCUGGUUCCUCAGUCCAGAGGCUGCAUGCGCCAAGCUGGCACUGCAAGAGCACGCGCUCUUCGAGACCGUCGGCACCAUGAUUGACUGCUCGCGCAACGGCGUGCUCACGGUCUCGUCGAUCAAGUACACGCUUCGCAAGCUGGCACUCUUCGGCUACAACAUGCUGCAGCUCUAUACCGAGGACACGUAUGUCCUCGAAGACGAGCCGUUCUUCGGCUACCUACGCGGCGGCUACUCGCAGGCCGAGCUGCGUGAGGUCGACGACUACGCAGAUGCACUCGGCAUCGAGGUCAUUCCGUGCAUCCAGACGCUGGGCCACCUCGGCCAGAUCCUGCAGUGGCCGCGCUUCCUGAGCAUGCGCGACACGACCGAGGUGCUGCUGGCCGAGUGGGAGGAGACAUAUGUGCUACUCGAGAAGAUGAUCGCGACUGCCACCAAGCCCUUCCGGACGAACCGGGUGCACCUCGGCAUGGACGAAACGCACGGGCUUGCGCAUGGACGCUACCACACCAUCUUCGGGCAGCACCACUACAAGGAGCCCACGCAGGUCUUCGUCGAGCAUCUCAAGCGCGUCAACGCCAUUGCCAAACGCCUCGGCAAGCAGCCUCAGAUCUGGAGCGACAUGCUUUUCUGUCUGCCUGCGCGCAACAACAGCCUGCUCGGCUACUACGACAGUGCCCAGCCCGACGCCUCGAUUGAGAUCCCGGCAGACGUCGAUCUCGUCUUUUGGUCGUACUACCACAAGAGCGCCCAGUUCUACACGGACCGCAUCAACUCGCAUCGUCUGCUUGCGCGCAAGAGUCCAUGGAUGGCCGCCGGCAUCUGGACGUGGACGCGGCACUGGGCCGCUCUGCCCUUUACAUUCGCCACGUGCCGCGCCAACCUGAAUGCCAGCAAGGCGCCGCGCAGCGGCGUCAAGCACGUCAUGGCGACAGUAUGGGGCGACGAGGGCAACGAGCACGAUCCGCUCAGCUCCUUGCCGGCGUGGCACUACUACGCGGAACACUGCUACGAGCAGAAGGAGGAGGUGGACCUGCCGCGCCUGCACGCGCGCUUCGACGGCAUAACGGGCGCCUCGUUCACGGACUUUGUCGCGGCGUCGAAGCUCGACGAGGUGGGCCCGGACGAUCAGACGCUCGACGAUCGCAUUCAUUUCGCUGCCAACACGAGCAAAUGGCUGCUUUGGGAGGAGCCUGCGCUCGGCUUCGUCUCGCCCAGCGUACAAGCGUCUGGGCUAGAUCUCGAGGCCCACUAUGCUGCUCUGGCGGCGCACCUCACAGAGCGACUAUCUCCGGGCGCCGCUGCGCCAGACGAAGCUGCCAGUCCGCAGCUCCGCGAUCUGCCCCUCAAUGCCCGCCUGCGGCUGCCGCAGCUGCUGGCUACCGUGCUCUCCUUCAAGGCAGGCCUGCGACUGCGUCUGCACACGGCCUACGUCGACGGCGACUGGCAAGAACUUCAGAACCUGGCAGGGCCCGAGCCAACAUCGCGCCUCUCCAAGCUCCGAGCCGCGCUGGCGCAGCUGCACAGCUACCACGCGACGAUGUGGCACGCGAGCUACAAGCCGUUCGGGUGGGAGGUGCUUGACUUGCGCUACGGCGGUCUCCGAGCGCGGUGCGAGACGAUACACGCGCGUCUGGUGCACUUUCUCGCCCACCUGCGUGCUGGCGGCUCAGUUGGCGGAGCGCCAGCAGCUGCGCUGCGAGCGGGGAAGGAGAGCGACGAUUCAGAGCCGCUGGAGGACGGUGUCUUUCUCAACGCUGCCGGCGGCGACUCGGGGGAGUACGAUGCGCCAGUCACGCAGCUGCCCGAGCUAGCAGCACCUCUAGAGGUCGUCUACGCCAGCCAUCUGCAGCUGCUCGACUACCACCGCGUGUCAAGACCGCAGUACUGCUAG